AUGGGUGGAGUACAAAGUGGAUCCCAUACCCUUGGAGAGACAUUAUGGGUGCACGAGAGGCAACGACAAAAAUGCCAUCGAGAAGGGGGACGACACGAGGCCAAUUCAGCCCAGUCCACGCAGGACCGCAGGAAGCUCUUGAAACGAACAAGGAGCCUUGCGGUGAUAUCCGAGGACGAAUCUCGACAAGAUCGAGAGGCACAUCACUUCAGGCUAGGACAAUCGACCUUCGAUUUGCCCAGGAGGCAUCAAUUGAUCCCGCGAGCAAAGCUGAUCGAUCGGAACUCUUUGAAGGACAGGCUUUACAAGAGUCAACAGCAUCUUUCGGAUUCUUACGAACGAUUCAACGAAGCGAAAUCCUACCAUUCGAAAUCUGCUUGCGGUCUACACUCGAUUCCGCCGGCGUUCGCUUCUUUUCCGGAUCCUUUGCCCUACUCGCGAACCAAUCGGUCUGACCCGGACCGAUUGAACAUCCUCGAUUGGCCGGAAUCACCGAGACGUUAUCGGAGUGUGCAGACUUUGGACACCGUUAGCGGAUUAGUGGACAUCGUCGAGGAUAACUGGCCGAUCGAAGGCAAUCGCAGCAUCGAUUGCAUUUACACUCAGGUGAAACGUAAACGAAAGGAGCACAGGAGCCUGGACAGCAUCCUGUUCGAGGACGAUGGAGAGUUAGAGUACUUCGACGUGCUGAAUCUGUUACCUUUAUCGAACGUACGGUUGGAGUUCGACGAGGAGGACUCGAGGAGCAAGAAUCACGCGAGGGAUACUUCGAAUGCGGAAGGUAACAAGUUGAGGUCUCUCGAGUACCUGGAGUCUCAGGUCGUCGAAGAGAAGUCGUCGACGAGGAGCAACGCGACCGACGAGGAGAAAUGUAAAGAGAGCAGUACGAAAGAGGAGAACAGUUCGCCGGAGAUUCGCGUGGAACUUUAUCAGGACAAAGACGGUAAGGAUCCGGACUCAUUGCAAGGAUCCAGAGAGAACUCAUCGCCUGAACAGACGAAAGAGGAAGCGUGCGAUCGUCGACAAGAACUUUCCCUCGUCGAUAGAAUCUCGUUAAGUCGCUUUAAAGGCAAGCCAAAGGAUCGACGAUACGCGUCGUCGAAGCCCGAUGAGGAGAAUCGUAGAGGCAACGAGGGUUUAGUCACAGCCUGCGAGAAACAGGUGGAUCGACGGGUGGAGGAGGCGGAAGAUUACAAAUCAAUUUGGAUCUCAGACAGCGAGGAACCGGAAGACAUGUCCCGGAGGCCUCAGGUACUCAAGGUUGUCGAUAACGACGUGACCAAGAGGCGGCAUCGACGUCUCACCACAGAAAUUGAUCUCAGCAUGAAGGAUAAAAUUGAAGAAAAACAACGGGAUGAGAGGAAAGAAUCGAGUGCUCCCUCGGACGGGAAAUCCGAUAGGAAAAUCGAGGAGGGUGACGGGUCUUUGAAGAGCGCAGAGAACCUUACCCGAGAAGAGAACGGACCGAACGCUAGCGUGGAGAAUACGAAGAACUUCUUCGAACAGAAGAACCCCGAGAAGAUAAAUGGAAGGAGUAAGCAGAACGAGGGUAGAUUUGAGAGGAUCGUUAAGGAGACGUCGAGCAUACUAGGGAAGGCUUGCAGCGUGGUAAAAGGAAGUCUGGGCUUCGAGGCGAGAUCCGAGAGCUCGGAUCUCGGAUUAGGUUCGGAAUCCGGAAGCGACACUAGGAGAAGAUCCGUCGACGACGGCAUCGACGAGGAUCACGCGACAACGGAUAAAGCUUCUUCAGCUAAAACGAACGAGAACAAGAAGGUUCACAGUAACUUAACUCGAUCUCGCAGUUGCGUAGACUCGAUAGAGUCUCAGGACGACGAGCAAGAGUUUGAUCACGUGCGUUACAAGAUAGUCAAGUCGAACAUGUUCAGCAAGAACAUGUACAACGGUAGUCGCGGCGACGUCACUUACGAAGGAUUGAUGCAGUAUCUGCGAGAGUAUUCCUUCCAAGAACUAUUACUGGACAACAACGUGGUAAUCAUCGAGCCCGUACGAGCCGAGACGAUAGAUCGUAAACCGGCGACAGUGGGAAAAGCAAGAUCGGAGCCGAGCUGCAAAAUUGCCGGGACGAUACAAAAGAAGACGGACGAGGAGAAUUGCGAGAGAAACUGUGAAAGCGCGGACGGGGCUUCCACUAAAAGUCCGAAGCAAUCGUCCAUCAGAAAGCACUUUUUCUAUCAUCCCAUCCGGGUGAAUCGUGAACUGAUAGACGAGGAGUUACCCGAUCCCGACACCGUAAGAAACGUGAGAAAAAUGUUCGAGAACACUUUGAAAGUGAAAAAUAACUCUGGCUCGGAAUUAUCGCGGGAUUGCAAGCACAGAAAGAGCGUCAGUAUGAAGGAUUUGAGUAGCAUAGACGAUGCUCAGUUCGACGAGAUAUCACAGAAGGUGCACGAAGGAACCAGGUCUAGGUGUUCCAGCAGGGCGAAGGAUCUCACCAAGCUCUUCGAGAACAUGGAGAAGUCCACGUCGUCCAACGCGUCCGUGGUAGGAGGUAAAGACGAACUGGACAGUCCACGAUGCGAAUCGAAGACAAGGAUGCUGGCACAGUCGUUCGAAGCCAGGAGCGGUCAUACAUCACCCAGUGAUUCGACCUCCUCCAAGAACAAAGUGAAUCGUUAUCACCAUCACCAUCACCAUCAUCAUCAUCACAAUUGGGAUGCCGGUAGCGUGAGCUCUGGGGUGUCUAGCGAUUAUCCCGACACUGAUCCCGGCAGCGGAGUGCAGUGUACCUCUUCGGAGGACGAAGAAAUCGAUUGUCACGACGACGAUAACCACACCAACGGUUCGAGCCACUACGUGUCCCAGGACGUCCUGAAGAAGAUUCGCGAGUGCGGUACUUCGGUCACUUACUACGGCGGCAAAGUGGUGAACUCUAGCAACGGUCCAUUGAUCUCGCCAUUGGUCGGGAACAGGUUCAAGUGUAUCGACAGAUCGAACGAUUACGUGAAAUUUCGUCUGGUGAAGAGCAACUCGUGCGACAGUAGAUUAGAAUUAACCGGCCGACUGGUGGAGAAUCAUCUUAGGCAUCGAAACGAAAAGACAGAGGACCUGAGCCAGUAUACCAUUGCCGAGACCCCGAGUAUCGAGAUCACCACGUUGGAGAGACAAGAGAAAGAGGAUCCAGGAAAUAGCGGGGAGGAGAAUAAAAGAGUCAAUCAGUCGGAGGUGAAAAGAGAACCUCCUGUAGUGAUCGGAUUAGAGCCAAAGAAGGAGGAGAAGAAAGAGACGAGGAGUUUCAAAGCUGACUUUAAACUGGGUAGCAUGGAGGAUGCUAAAUCGACUUAUCCGAGCCGAUUCAUCGGCAGCGCUUUAACCAGGUGGCAAGUGAACGAGAAUAACUGGAGGACCCACGACGAUUUCGGUAAAAUGGAAUUCGAGGAAUUCGAGGUACUGGAGGACAGUUUGAACGGCGUCGAGAACCAACGUUUGGAAAGUUCUUGAGCAGAUGGGGAUAUCUUGUAACAUUAGUUCAGGAUUUCUGCUGACGCAGCGAAGAGGGAACAUUGCCAAAGGAAAGCCGAUAGUUUCGGGUUAGGAUUUUUACGAUACACGUGUAAAAGUUUUCGGUAUCCUCGAACGAGGAUACAGCCGUUACGAGCUGUUUCGAUGGGAUUCAAUUACUUUUGCUCCUUCUUCAUCUUUGAAAGCAGACGCGAUGCCAGCAGCUCGAGGACCGUACAAUUGUCAAUGGAGGUUUCCUAGCAACGAGCAACUUGGAUAUUCGAUUAAGCCGUAAAUGUAUCAAAGCAUCGAUGGUUACGAGCAAUUUCAAUGGUUGUAACAUUCAAUCAUUUUAAUCCUUAUCCGGAUUACCUAUUUGUUAAAGCUUGAGUAGCGAUAGCCGGAUCAAUUAUGUAUUUACUGAAAUUCCACUCAAGUCUUCAAACAAAACACAUUAAAUAAACAAACAUUCGGCUCUGCUAUUUAGUUAUUAAGUGUACAAAUUAAUUCGGUGCUUUUAGUAUUUCGCGUUCUUAAUUAAUAGUUUUAAUUUGAAAAGUGACAAGACAACAUAAUAACAAUAAAGAUUAUUUCAAUAAUUGGAAUUACUAUAGCUCUUUAAAAAUAAGUUUUUAAUUAAAAUAAAAAAA